UUUUUUUUUUUUUUUUUUUUUUUUACGGAAGCUGAGUUAGCCAUGUACAAAGAUUAAUUAAUGUAAACGCAUAAAAAACGAGCUCCGUGAUAGUGUCUCGGAAACUACAAGUGUAUAUAUAUAUAUAUAUAUAAAAAACCCUAUUAGGUUCUAAUCUGAGAGGGAAAACAGUGUUGUUUUUCGAUACGAUUAUUUACACGCGGUGUGUUUAGCCAUUAAACACGAGCCACAUUCCUCGGUUAGCUGGAAAAUAAACAAACGCAAUGCUAACGGCUAAUGGACUGUAGAUAACGAGCAACGCGGUGCGAGUCAGACUGAAGAUUAUGAAGACUGAUUCAGACUGAGAAGGUUAAAGUAUGGAGCUGUACUGGUACAUAGUUGUCAUAAUAUUUAUUAUGAUAAAGAUCUUCUUCUACGUUUGCUGGUACCGUUCAAGACAGAGGCAGCUGGCCGCAUAUCUCAGUAAUCCACGCAACGCCCAGAUCGUUAUUGUGGGAGGAAGAGCAUACCUGCACCAGAUGUGCGAGAACCAAAACACGUCAAUCUGGCCAAAUUGGUACGGCGUUCAGGACGAUGGCUCCGUAGGCGAACCGUCUGUUUCUCUUCCUCCAUCUUCAUCCCUGUCUCAACUGGACUUACCCCCUCCAUACGAGGCUGUUUCUGGAGCCGAUGACCUGAAGCCUCCUCCGUACAGCGAGUUUGCUCAGAACGACGACACAGACACGUCUCAGAGCAUCACAAUCCCAGAGGGCAACAAUUCGAGCAUCAGCGAUGACCCGCCUCCAUACACUCCCACUGCCAAUCAGCACACCAGCAUUCAGUGCCAAGCCGAGCCUGAGGGGAGAUCCAGCUAGUCUCUUCCAAUGUCAUUUCUCAAUUUUGUUCACAGCAAGGGCUGUACUUCUCCAUGCAGUUGCUCAGCGUUUAGUUAGGGACUCUAUUUUUGUGUGUCAGUUUUACUCUUGAUAAAGGUGCGUAAGUGGAUUCUAGACAUCCUAAAAGAUUUGGGGAAUUUGGUUGUUAAAAAAAGAAAGUGGCUUAAUAAUUUUCUCUUCUAGAAAGAUGAGAUGGUGAGCUGCUUUGGUAUUAAUGGGUGCUUUAAGCUCACUCAUGCCUUAUUUUGAGUUUCUCUUGUAUAACCAGCAUCAUGAUGAUAACACACUUGUGUACCACGUUUUCUAGAUAUGUCGCACCGGAUACAAAUAUGAAUUCUUUCUGCUUAGAGCACACAUUCAUAUAUACAUUGCUUUGUUGUGUAAGUCACUGUAAUGUGUCCAUCCUCUUAUUUCACAUACCGUAUGUUCUGCUCGUAAAACAGCAUUUAAGCACACCUAAAGCCUUGUUUUUGCUACUGAAAAUGUCGUUACACAUUUUCUUUUACUUUUAGACUGAAACCUCUCUAUUUACUUGAUAAGGAGCUUUUGUUGGUGUGAACACGGCUGCUCUGAUACUCAUUUCUGCCAGCAGUUAUCUGUCUAUCACUAGUGGAAGUGUCAAGGUAAUAGAAGUGUGCGCUCCAGUAACUGUCCUGUAACAAAUGACAGAACGCCUACCCUAAAACAAACUCAUCACUGUAUAGUUUAUAGCAUCUGCAUCUUAUAGUCCGGAAAAUAUGGAUAUACACAAAAAAAAAAAACACACCACCGAAUUGUUCUUAUCCUAUAUGCAUUUCAACUUUCUGACAUUUAUAGAUCUAAUGACUGAUUUAGUGCAGGGGUGGACAAAUUAAGAAUUCAUUAGCUAGACCUCCUUGCACGUGGAAGCUGCAGUUUGUUGACCAGAUUCAUAAUUAGGUUGCCCAGGAACUUAAUCUUAAACUUAAACUCCUAAGUAAUGUAGGUAGGUAACACAAUUUUACUUAAUUAUGGAUAGCUAGUUAAGCUCAUUAGUACAGCAUAAGGGAAAUAAAACAAGUGUCCAGGGAGUCCUUAAUCUCAUAUAAUAACGUUUUAAUGUAUCAAAAGUCACAAAGUUGUUGUUGAACAUCCCAGCUAUGAUUGCAGUAUAAAUAGUUUAAUUUCGUUAAUAAUGCCAUUUGCAUAUGGUUCUUGCAUAAGAAUUAUACGACAGCUUUGCACUGGAGCUUGUAUCGAUUCGUUUUCAUUAGCGUUUCCGCUUACUGCACAUAUUGAAAAAAAAUUUUAUUAUUUAUUUAUUUUAAAAAAAUUAAUACAUAUUGUCUUCUGUAAUCAGCCUAGUAAACAAAAGAAUCUUAGUAGUAAUAGUGUAGCAGGAAGCGGGAUUCGGAAGCAUGUGCUAUAGUUACAGCAUCUUAGUGUGUCUUAUCAGUGCAUUACUUUUAAACAUGCCAUACUUCAGUAGUUAGUAAAGAGUAUGGUUUGUUUUUCUUUCUCUGGUUGAAGGUUGAACCUACCUCUUGGACCACCAGGCAACUAUGAAUAAAAAAAAUUAAAAUAAUAAUAAUAAUAUCCUGUGCACGAAAUCUGCUAGUCCUGGACACCUGGGUUCCUGAUUUGUCCACCCCUGUUGUGUAUUCACCAUGAAUUAAUUAUGCAUAAGCAUGCAGGUUGACCAGUGCCCUGUAAGAAGCAGAAGAUUUUUCAUAUGUAGACGUGUUGAGAAACAUUUGUUCUUGUCUCUAUAAAUGCCCAAAGGGAGAGGAUUCUGUGCAGAGGUUUAACCUCGUGUUUAUGCAUAACCUCGCUUUGUAUGUGAUGACAAUUUCUAAAACUAUCCCUAAGCACUUUUUAUGUCUUGUAAUUGCCUUACUUUUGUCUGUGUGUACUGUAAGUAGACAUGUGCCGAUAAUCGGGUGUACAGUAUAGCUCAAUAUUCAAUUCAGUAGUGUUAUCUUGGACACUUAAAGAUAUCAGAACCAUCCUUGCAUUGCAUUCAUGAGGAAUUAAGUUGGUCUCAUUCAGAAGGCUGGGUCUUUUCCCCUGCAGCCCUCAUAUAAUGAAUGAGACGUGUUUCCUUUUCGGUUAAAUGCUGCUAUGCUUGUGAGAACAGGUCCAGAUAAACAUUUUAUUUUCUUAACUUGAUAUCAAGAUGUAACCGUGAUAAAUGUUACUCACUGUGAUAUGACAAUGUAAUAUCGGCACACGCCUAUUUGUAAGCGGCGAAUAUAAUUAACGAUUAUCGGAGUCCACGCGGCAAUGAUGAUGUGUGUAAAUGCAGAGAGUAUGCCCGCCGUACUCUUUGGCCUAUCAGGUGACCGUAAUGACUUUAUACAUUUACGCCACACAGUAAUGAACUCGACUUCUUUGUGAUUUCUUUCAGUAUGUGUGUGAUAGUAGAUGUUCAUAUAAAUCUUUUGUGUUUUGAAGAAUGUAUGACUGUACAGUUGUCAAAUGUAUCAGGUUAACAUACGCUUACUGGCCAAUUUAUUAGACGCACCUACCUUAUUGGUGGCUCUACCAUUGCUACACAAAAUACCAUGUCAGUGUCACUACAGAACUGAGAACAAACCACCACCCAAAUAAUAUCUGUUUAGCAGUGAUCUUAUGAUGGUCCCUUUCCACUAAUCGUUAAAGCUAACAUUGUACAGAGCAACAGAGGGGGUACAAUCAGUAUUUAAACACCUGUAAAGUGGCCUGUAUGGUUGGUGAAUCUGUUAAAAUGGUCAAUAAGUAGCUACCAUGUAAUAGACUGGCAACUUAAUGUAAUGGGAUCAAUACUUUUUUAUUAUUAAAGCAUCUUGGUAAAACACAUA